AUGACUCUUGUGUAUGAUGGUGAAACCUGGAGUGCUAUAUUUGACUGGUACUAUGCUCUGUGGGAAGUUCGUUUGAUGUUAGUAGCAGCUGGCUUUUUCUUCUACCUGUGUGUGUUUCUUCUAAAUCACUGGCUAGCCUUAUGGAUCAGUGCCAGUUAUCGCACUUUUCCAGCAAAGGAAAAAGUCUCCUCAAAUAUAGCUAUCACACGUGCCUUGCUUGGAAUUCAGAAUUGUGUAGCUGGGCUGUGGGCCUUACUCAUAGAUCCAGUUUUCCAAGUUGACAAAGUAUAUUCACAGCAAAAAUGGAGCUGGUUUCACUGCUUAAUAGCCUCUGGAUACAUGCUGUUUGAAAAUAUAGUUGUUCACAUAUCUAAUAUUGUUUUUAGGAUGUUUGAUGUGUUCUUGGUAGUUCAUCAUUUAUUUGCCUUUGCUGGGCUUCUUGGUCUGAUAAUUAACAUAAAAUCAGGACAUUAUCUACCCUUGAUGGGACUGCUACUUGAGAUGAGCACUCCUUCACUCUGUAUAUAUUGGCUGCUUCGAAGAACUGGCUAUGCAAAUACCCUUUUAUGGAAGGCAAACCAGUGGGUACUGGUUCAUAUGCAACACUGCCGCAUGGUUCUUAUUUAUCACAUGUGGUUGGUGUGUAUUUCCAAUUGGAAUGAUGUGGUGGAAAAUCUGGGACCUCUACAUUGUAUUGUCUUUUUCACAGGGUUAAGUAUACUUACAUUAAUACUUAAUCCAUACUGGAUAUACAGAUCGACUCGGUGGCUCUUUUGUCCAGUUGACUGGAACUUCUCAUUUACUGAUAUUUUUGGAUCCUCUGGAAAACUCAACAGCGAAACAUCCCAAAAGAAAGAGAUAUAGUGCUGCAAUGGCUGUAGGGAUAAUAGUAAAAUAUGGCCAUCAAAAUAUGGUGCAGGUUUACUACUAAGUUCAUAUCAAUAGAAUUGCUCACAGGAAGUCUAUGAGUAUAUCAGUCCCCCCUGCAGAUUACUAUUAGCGUACUAUACUAAUUUAUCAAAAGUGGUUUAAAAUUGUGGCUGUCUAUAUUUAAAACACGUGCACAGACAAAAUCUUUGACUUACUCAGGAUUCAUGUCGGUAACCUCAGUC